AUGGAGCGUGGAGGAGGAGAGAGCCCCUGUUUGCGGGAGAGCCCUGAACGCCGAACUGCUUCCAGCCCAGACCCAAAUGCCCCACCUCCAGGGAAGAUUAGCCGCCUGGAGCUAAACGGUAGUCCCACUGGCCCUCGAAGUCGGCACAAUGGGGUUUCACAGAGAAUCCUGGGAGGUCUGAUGAUCCCUGUGUUCUGCGUGGUGGAGCAGGUGGAUGGAGGGAUGGUGGUGGAGGGGGACAGUCGGGAGGAGCAUGCAGAGUUUGUGCUGGUCAGGAAAGACAUUCUCUUCACCCAGCUAGUAGAGACAGCAUUGCAAGCUCUUGGCUACUCCCACAGUUCAGCAGCCCAGGCACAUGGCAUCAUUAAGGUGGGUCGUUGGAACCCUCUGCCCAUCCACUGCCUGACAGACGCUCCUGAGGCCACUGUAGCUGACAUGCUGCUGGACGUCUACCACAUGGUCACACUCCGCAUCCAGUUACAGAGCUAUGCUAAGCUGGAGGACCUGCCAUCGGAGCAGUGGAACCAUGCGACAGUGCGCAGUGCACUUAAAGAUCUGCUGAAGGAGAUGAACCAGAGCACACUGGCUAAAGAGUGCCCACUAUCCCAGAGUAUGAUCUCCUCCAUAGUAAACAGUUCCUACUAUGCUAAUGUCUCAAUUUCCAAAUGCCAAGAAUUCGGUCGAUGGUACAAAAAGUUCAAAAAGAUUAAAGUAAAAAGGUUUGAGAGGGACAGCCUGGUAGACUUUUGUGUCUUAGGACAGCGUCCCCCUCCUCAUCUAACUGGCCUUGCACAGCUAGGACCAAUGGGCAGUGCAGGGCAACCACAACCACCGCCAACCCAUGCCAGUCAACAUCACCACAGCCCACCUCUUCGAGCUCAGGUUGCUCCUCCAGCUGCCCUGCAGCCUUUGCUAGGACCAAGAGGCCUCCUUUCACCUCAGAUAAAUCCACAGAUAGUGCAGCAACAACUAGCUAUGGCUCACCUCAUCAACCAGCAGCUGGCUGUCAGCCGCCUGUUGGCCCAUCAACACCCUCAAUCACUCAACCAGCAGUUCCUCAAUCAUCCACCCAUCCCAAGACCUGGCAAGUCUGUAGGACCUGGAGAACCAGGAUCCAAUCUUUCAGCGGCUGAGGUCUCAUCAGACAUCUAUCAGCAAGUACGGGAAGAGCUUAAAAGAGCCAGUGUCUCACAAGCUGUGUUUGCCAGAGUGGCAUUCAACCGCACACAGGGCCUGCUGUCUGAGAUCUUGCGGAAGGAGGAAGACCCUCGUACAGCUUCUCAGUCCCUGCUGGUUAACCUCAAGGCCAUGCAGAAUUUUCUCAACCUACCUGAGGCUGAGCGAGACAGGAUUUACCAGGAGGAGCGUGAACGCAGCAUGAACCCACCUGUAGGUCUACCUCCAACUCCAAACUCCAGCCCUGGUGGAAAUCGACUCUGUCAGUCCAAGCCCUCUGCUCCAAAUCCUGACCUUCCACUAAAACUAGAGCCACUGGUCAACAUCACAUCUUCCAUUUAUGAUGAGAUUCAACAAGAGAUGAAGCGCGCCAAGGUGUCUCAGGCACUGUUUGCCAAGGUGGCAGCCAACAAGAGCCAAGGUUGGCUGUGUGAGUUACUGCGCUGGAAGGAGAAUCCGAGUCCUGAGAAUCGCACUCUGUGGGAGAACCUGUGUACGAUUCGUCGAUUCCUAACGCUUCCUCAAACAGACAGGGACCUUGUGUAUGAGGAGGAAUCCCGGCACCAACACAAUGAACGCCUGCACACCAUCCUACACCUGCCCUCGGACCCUCAGGUACUGCACAGACAGCCUUUGCCACUACUAGGACACAAGGACCACUCGCCUAUGCAUGAGGACUCAUUGCCCAACUCUGGAAUGGAAGACAACCCUCAGUCCGGUGCUGUUGGCAACAACACUGGCGUGGGAUCUGCUGUCGCCAAAAAACCCCGCUCCCGCACCAAGAUCUCACUGGAAGCCCUUGGUAUCCUGCAAAGUUUUAUCCAGGAUGUAGGGCUCUAUCCUGACCAGGAAGCCAUUCACACACUCUCAGCCCAGUUGGACCUACCAAAGCACACCAUUGUCAAGUUUUUUCAGAACCAGCGCUACCAUGUGAAGCACCAUGGUCGGCUAAAAGAGCUUGGAGCUGAGGGUAGUGGAGUCGAUGUUGCUGAAUAUCGAGAUGAAGAGCUUCUCUCUGGCUCAGAGGACGCAGAAUCCAGUGAAGAUGGCCAUGAGGAGAUCUACAGUGGACACGAAGGUGCCUCAGCAGGAGCAACAGUCUCUGCUUCAACACAAUCCUCCAGCUCAGGCCAAGAAGAAAGCAAGGACAAGAUUGUGUCUCUAGGGUCAGCACGGCCAAGCUCCUUGCCCUCAUCCACUUCAUCCCCAAGCCCCAGAGACCAGGUUGAGUACCAGAGAUAAAGUAGUCUGGCCUGCCUGGACAGGGGGUAUGUUGAAAGAGGGUAGUGGAACAGAGAAAGACUUUUAAUAGCAGACUGGAAUAAAUUAACACAGGGUCAAAUGAAGACUUGUUAAAGGAAAUCAGAAAAUGGACAAGACUAUAUUUGAAUACUGACCAUAGAAACAUCUAGAAACCAGUUGUUAUCAGUCACUUGUCCUGGUGGCGUAAUGAAGGAACAUUUGUGUUAA